AUGUCUACUUAAUGGAUUGGUCAUCUUGAUAAAAUGAUUUAAAAUUUUUACAAAAAGAUGUUUAUGGUCCAUCAAGUUAAACUAAAAUUUGAAAGAAUGUUACUUUAUAAUGUUGAUUAAUAAAAAGAAGUUGAAGAAUAGAAUCAAUAUAGUAUAUAUAUUUAGAAACUCAACAAAAUAAAUACUGGAAGCUAGUAUUUUGCCAAAUAACCAAUAUUGAAAUUUAUUGACAUGAAAAGAUUUUCUAAUAUAGAGAUAACGUUUCAAAAAUAGAGAAGAAGAGGUAAGACUUUUAAAUUCUAAAAUAACAAACUGUAGAUUAAUUAUUUUAUACCAAAAUUUAAGAAGGAUGGAGAGGCAAAUGAUUUAAUAAAAGAAUAUUGA